UGAAACAGAAAGUAAAGUUGUUAUUUUGUUCAUGGUCUAUUUUGAGACGACGGAGCAGAAAACACUACAUGGAGAUUAUUGAAAAAUAAAGGGUCGGUGCUCUAAAAUGAGUCUCUCUGGGGAGAGAGAGGAGGGGGGCCCUGCCUCUAAAAGGAGUCUCUCUGGGGAGAGAGAGGAGGGGGGCCCUGCCUCUAAAAGGAGUCGCUCUGGGGAACAUGACACCAAAUCUAAGAGCCCAAUCAAGCAGGAGAGACCAGCCUCCCCUGUACCCAGCUGUGUGUCCAUGAAGAGUGACAAGUCUAUGAAUCUACCUAUACAGUUUAGAGACGGAGACUUUUCUACUGAACAAAGAAACCAACAGGAGAGAUCAGAGUCAGAGAUUCUCAGUGGUCAGUCUUCCCAGAGUCAUCAAACAGACCUGGCCUCCAUAUUCAGUUUGCUUGAAGAGAAUAUUAUGACAUUUGUAAAGAACGAGCUAAAGAUGUUCAAGAGGAUUCUUAGUCCAGAACUCCCAGAAGGCUUUGAGAGUCAGAAGCAGGAUAAGGAAGUGGUGGAUACUGAAGAUGAGAAGCAGGAGAGCAGUGCCAGAGAGGGGGCUCUGAAGAUCGCACUGCACUUCCUGAGGAAAAUGAACCAGAAGGAGCUUGCUGACACACUGGAGAAAUAUUCAGAUGAUCCUGCUGUGAUUUGCCAACGUGAACUCAAAUCUAAUCUAAUGAAGAAGUUUCAAUGUGUAUUUGAGGGGAUCGCUAAACAAGGAAACCCAACACUUCUCAAUAACAUCUACACAGAGCUCUACAUCACAGAGGGUGGAACAGGAGAGGUCAAUAAUGAACAUGAGCUGAGACAGAUUGAGACAACAACCAGGAAACAAGCAAGACCAGAGACUGCAAUCAAAUGUAACGACAUCUUCAAAACCUUAACUGGACAAGACAAACUUAUCAGAACUGUGCUGACAAAGGGAGUCGCUGGCAUUGGAAAAACAGUCUCUGUGCAGAAGUUCAUUCUGGACUGGGCUGAAGGAAAAGCAAAUCAGGAUGUCCAAUUUGUAUUUUCAUUCCCUUUCCGGGAGCUGAAUUUGAUGAAAGGGGAUGAACACACUUUGAUUGAACUUCUUAAUCACUUCUCAAUGGAAACCAAACAAUCAAGAAUCUCCAACUACGACAAGUACAAAGUUCUGUUCAUCUUUGAUGGUCUGGAUGAGUGCCGACUGCCCCUAGACUUCCAGAAGAACAAGAUCUGUUGUGACGUCACAGAGUCAACCUCAGUGGAUGUCCUGCUGACAAAUCUCAUCAAGGGAAAUCUGCUUCCCUCUGCUCUCCUCUGGAUAACUACCCGACCUGCAGCAGCCAAUAAGAUCCCUUCAGGGUGUGUUGACCAGGUGACAGAGGUACGAGGGUUCAGUGACCCACAGAAGGAGGAGUACUUCAGGAAGAGAUUCAGUGAUGAGGACCUGGCCAGCAGAAUCAUCUCACACAUAAAGACAUCAAGGAGCCUCCACAUCAUGUGCCACAUUCCAGUCUUCUGUUGGAUUUCUGCAACAGUCCUUGAACCCAUGCUGAAACAGAAGAGAGAAGAGAUGCCCAAGACUCUGACUGAGAUGUACACACACCUUGUGGUGUUUCAUACCAAACAGAAGAAUGAAAAGUAUCUUGACAAUGAAGAGACAGGUCCACACCGGAAUAAAGAGAGCAUUCUGUCACUGGGAAAACUGGCUUUUCAACAGCUGGUGAAUGGCAAUUUGAUUUUCUAUGAAGAAGACCUGAAAGAGGCUGGUAUUGAUGUCAAUGAAGCCUCAGUGUACUCAGGAUUGUGCACACAGCUCUUUAAAGAGGAAUGUGUGCUGUACCAGGACAAGGUGUACUGCUUUGUUCAUCUGAGCAUUCAGGAGUUUCUGGCUGCUGUAUAUGUGUUCCUCUCAUUCAUCAACAACAAUGAGAAUCUAAUGGCCGAACCGCAAACAAAAGAUGAGCCUGAAGUUACUUUCUACAAGAGUGCUGUGGAUAAAGCCUUACAAAGUGAGACGGGAAACUUGGACCUUUUCCUCCGCUUCCUUCUGGGCCUCUCACUGGAGUCCAAUCAGAAGCACUUACAAGGUCUACUGACAAAUUCAAGAAGCAGCUCACAGAGCCAUGAAGAAACAGUCAAGUACAUCAAGAAGAAUAUCAAGGAGAAUCCCUCUCCAGAGAGGUGCAUCAAUCUGUUCCACUGUCUGAAUGAACUGAAUGACCAUUCUCUAGUGGAGGAGAUCCAAAGCUUCCUGAGAUCAGGAAGUCUCUCUAGAGACAAACUGUCACCUGCACAGUGGUCAGCUCUGGUCUUUGUGUUGCUGACUUCAGAAAAGGAGCUGGAUGUGUUUGACCUGAAGAAAUACUCCAGAUCAGAGGAAGGUCUUCUGAGGCUGCUGCCAGUGGUCAAAGCUUCCAGAGCUGUUCUGCUGUCAGGCUGUGGAGUCACAGAGGAAGGCUGUGCUUCUCUGGUCUCAGCUCUGAAGUCAAACCCCUCACACCUGAGAGAGCUGGACCUGAGUAACAAUGACCUGAAGGAUACAGGAGUGAAGCUGCUCUCUGCUGGACUGGGGAAUCCCCACUGUAAACUGGAGACUCUGAGGUUGUCAAGCUGUCUAGUCAAAGAGGAAGGCUGUGCUUCUCUGGUCUCAGCUCUGAAGUCAAACCCCUCACACCUGAGAGAGCUGGAUCUGAGUAACAAUGACCUGAAGGAUUCAGGAGUGAAGCUGCUCUCUGCUGGACUGGGGAAUCCCCACUGUAAACUGGAGACUCUGAGGCUGUCAGGCUGUGGAGUCACAGAGGAAGGCUGUGCUUCUCUGGUCUCAGCUCUGAAGUCAAACCCCUCACACCUGAGAGAGCUGGAUCUGAGUAACAAUGACCUGAAGGAUACAGGAGUGAAGCUGCUCUCUGCUGGACUGGGGAAUCCCCACUGUAAACUGGAGACUCUGAGGUUGUCACGCUGUCUAGUCACAGAGGAAGGCUGUGCUUCUCUGGUCUCAGUUCUGAGGUCAAACCCCUCACACCUGAGAGAGCUGGACCUGAGCUACAAUCACCCAGGAGACUCAGGAGUCAGACUGCUCUCUGCUGGACUGGAGGAUCCACACUGCAGACUGGAGAAACUCAAUGUGGAACAUGGUGGAGAGUACACAAUGAAACCUGGGCUUAGAAAAUAUGUCUGUGAUCUCACACUGGACCCAAACACAGUAAACAGACUCCUCUCUCUGUCUGAGGAGAACAGAAAGGUGACACGUAGGACAGAGGAGCAGCCGUAUCCUGAUCACCCAGAGAGAUUUGAGGACUGGCCACAGGUGCUGUGUAGAGAGGGUCUGACUGGGCGCUGUUACUGGGAGGUAGAGUGGAGUGGGAGACAGGUUGGUAUAGGAAUGACAUAUAAAGGAAUCAACAGGAAAGAAGGAGGGGGUAAUGACUGUGGUCUUGGAUACAAUGACAAGUCCUGGAGUCUGAACUGCCCUGACAACAGUUACUUUGCCAAGCACAAUAAUAAACCCACUACCAUAGACGUCCCCUCCUCCAGCUCUCACAGAGUAGGAGUGUACCUGGACUGGCCAGCCGGCACUCUGUCCUUCUACAGAGUCUCCUCUGACACACUGACCCACCUGUACACAUUCACCUCCACAUUCACUGAGCCCCUCUAUCCAGGGUUUAUGGUUUAUGACUCCUCAGUGUCCCUGUGUCAGAGACACUGACACACACACACACAUACUGGACACAUUCACCUCCACAUUCACUGAGCCCCUCUAUCCAGGGUUUAUGGUUUAUGACUCGGUGUCCCUGUGUCAUGGGCCAGUUUAUUCCUGGAAAUAAUAACCAUGGUAACUCUGUCUGUCUCUUUCUGUGAUCCUGAACCCUGAGAGAACAGUUCAGAUACACCCCACACACACACUGGACACACACACACACACACACACACACACACUGGACACACAGACACUCUCUCACACACACACACACACACACACACACACACACACACACACACACACACACACACACACACACACACACACACACACACACACACACACACACACACAGACACAGACACACUGGACAAACACACACACUGGACACAGACACUCACAAACACACACACACUGGACACACACACAAGCACACUUGACACACACAGAGGACACACAUGGCACACACAUACACUGGACACACACACUGGACACACACACGCAGGAAAACACACACACAGAACACACACACACACUAACCUAACGCACACACACACACACACACACACACACACACACACACACACACACACACACACACACACACACACACACACACACACACACACACACACACACACACACACACACACAAACACACACUGGACACUCACUCACACAUAUACAUCUUCCUAUAAUUGAUAAGACCUUGACACAGGACCUUCAAAUGAGGACCAAGAUUUCUGAUGGAAUUGAGAACAAACAAACACCUCAUUCCAGAACUAAGUGGUCCCACAAACACAGAAAACAAAACCUGAAAAAUGCAGGGCACCAGUCUAGUGAGGACCAGUUGUUGCUAGGCAGUUUCUGGACCACAGGUUCUAGAACAUCUUCUAUCCCAGUUCUAUCUGCCUGUUAAAUCAGUUUCUGGACCACAGGUUCUAGAACAGCUUCUAUCCCAGUUCUAUCUGCCUGUUACAUCAGUUUCUGGACCACAGGUUCUAGAACAGCUUCUAUCCCAGUUCUAUCUGCCUGUUACAUCAGUUUCUGGACCACAGGUUCUAGAACAGCUUCUAUCCCAGUUCUAUCUGCCUGUUAAAUCAGUUUCUGGACCACAGGUUCUAGAACAGCUUCUAUCCCAGUUCUAUCUGCCUGUUACAUCAGUUUCUGGACCACAGGUUCUAGAACAGCUUCUAUCCCAGUUCUAUCUGCCUGUUAAAUUAUCAACCUAAACUGUUUUCAUCAGACUAUUAGAACAUGACUGAACUUUUUUAUUUUAUUUUCUGAUCUUACCACUGCAUUUUUAUUAUAUAUUUUGCUGUUUGUGUUUGUACCAUAGGAGGUUGGUGAGACCUUAUUUCACCUUUAUUUAACCUUUAUUUAGGCUAGUUGAGAACAAGUUCUCAUUUACAACUGCGACCUGGCCAAGAUAAAGCAAAGCAGUGUGACACAAAUAACAACACAGAGUUACACAUGGAAUUAACAAACAUACAGUCAAUAACACAAUAGAAAAAAUGUAUAUAUAGUGUGUGCAAAUUAGGUAAGAUUAGGGAGGUAAGGCAAUACAUAGGCCGAAGUGGCAAAGUAAUUACAAUUUAGCAAAUAUCACUGGAGUGAUGGAUGUGCUGAAGAUGAAUGUGCAAGUAGAGAUACUGGGGUGCAAAGGAGCAAAACAAUAAAUAACAAUAUGGGGAUGAGGUAGUUGGGUGGGCUAUUUAUAGAUGGGCUAUGUACAUGUGCAAUGAUCUGUAAGCUGCUCUGACAGCUGAUGCUUAAUGUUAGUGAGGGAGAUAUGAGUCUCCAGCUUCAGUGAUUUUCACAAUUCGUUCCAGUCAUUGGCAGCAGAGAACUGAAAGGAAUGGCGGCCAAAGGAGGAAUUGGCUUUGGGGGUGACCAGUGAAAUAUACCUGCUGGAGCACGUGCUACGGGUGGGUGCUGCUAUGGUGACCAGUGAGCUGAGAUAAGGUGGGGCUUUACCUAGCAAAGACUUAUAGAGGCCCUAGAGCCAGUGGGUUUAGCGAUGAGUAUGAAGCGAGGGCCAACCAACAAGAGCGUACAGGUCGCAGUGGUGGGUAGUAUAUGGGGCUUUGGUGACAAAACAGAUUGCACUGUGAUAGACUGCAUCCAAUUUGCUGAGUAGAGUGUUGGAGGCUAUUUUGUAAAUGACAUCGCCGAAGUCAAGGAUCGGUAGGAGAGUCAGUUUUACGAGGGUAUGUUUGGCAGCAUGAGAGAAGGAUGCUUUGUUGCGAAAUAGAUAAUCGAGUUAAUUUUGGAUUGGAGAUGCUUAAUAUGAGUCUGGAAGGAGAGUUUACAGUCUAACCAGACACCUAGGUAUUUGUAGUUGUCUACAUUUUCAGAACCCUCCAGAGUAGUGAUGCUAGACGGCCGGGCAGGUGCGGCAGAUAUCGGUUGAAGAGCAUGCAUUUAGUUUUACUUGCAUUUAAAGAGCAGUUGGAGGCCCCUGAAGGAGAGUUGUAUGGCAUUGAAGCUUGUCUGGAGGUUAGUUAACACAGUGUACAAUGAAGGGCCAGAAGUAUACAGAAUGGUGUUGUCUGCAUAGAGGUGGAUCAGAGAAUCACCAGCAGCAAGAGUGACAUCAUUGAUGUAUACAGAGAAAAGAGUCGGCCCGAGAAUUUAACCCUGUGACAUCCCCAUAGAGACUGCCAGAGGUCCGGACAACAGGCUCUUCCAAUUUGACACACUGAACUCUGUCUAAAAAGUAGUUGGUGACCAGGUGAGGCAGUCAUUUGAAAAUCCAAGGCUGUUAAGUCUGCCAAUAAGAAUGUGGUGAUUGACCGAGUCGAAAGCCUUGGCCAGGUCGAUGAAUACUGCUGCACAGUAUUGUCUUUUAUUGAUGGCGGUUAUGAUAUCGAGCGUGGCUGAGGUGCACCCAUGACCAGCUCUGAAACCAUAUUGCAUAGUGGAGAAGGUACGGUGGUAUUCGAAAUGGUCGGGGAUCUGUUUGUUAACUUGACUUUCGAAGACUGUAGAAUGGCAGGGUAGGAUAGAUAUAGGUCUGUAACAGUUUGGGUCUAGAGUGUCUCCCCCUUUGAAGAGCGGGAUGACCGCGUCAGUUUUCCAAUCUUUGGGGAUCUCAGACGAUACGAAAGAGAGGUUGAACAAGCUAGUGAUAGGGGUUGCAACAAUUGUGUCAGAUAAUUUUAGAAAGAGAGGGUCCAGACUGUCUAGCCCAGCUGAUUUGUAGGGGUCCAGGUUUUGCAGUUCUUUAAGAACAUCAGCUAUCUGGAUUUGGGUGAAGGAGAAAUGGGGGAGGCUUGGGCAAGUUGCUGUGGGGGUUGCAGGGCAAUUGACCGGGGUAGCGGUAGCCAGGUGAAAAGUAUGGCCAGCCAUAGAAAAAUGCUAAUUGAAAUUAUCAAUUAUAGUGGAUUUAUCGGUGGUGACAGUGUUUCCUAGCCUCAGUGCAGUGGGCAGCUGGGAGGAGGUGCUCUUAUUCUCAAUGGACUUUACAGUGUCCCAGAACUUUUUGGAGUUUGUGCUACAGGAUGCAGAUUUCUGUUUGAAAAAGCUAGCCUUAGCUUUCCUAACUGCCUGUGUAUAUCAGUUCCUAACUUCCCUGAAAAGUUGCAUAUCGUGGGGGCAAUUCGAUGCUAAUGCAGUACGCCACGGGAUGUUUUUGUGCUAUAGUAUAAUAACUGUAUAGCCACUGUACUGUUUAUCAACUGUAUAGCCACUGUACUGUAUAUCAACUGUAUAGCCACUGUACUGUAUAUCAACUAUAUAGCCACUGUACUGUAUAUAAACUGUAUAGUCACUGUACUGUAUAUCCACUGUAUAUCCACUGUACUUUAUAUCAACUGUUUAACAACUGUACUGUAUAUGUGUAUAUCCACUGUUCAUUCUCUUAUAGCUCUAUGCUCACUCUACCUAGUUGUGUAUAAUGUUGUAGGGAAACUUUGUGUAAACUCUUCUGUCUGUAUUCUGUCUCUAAAUGUUGUCUAUCACUAGCAGCAACAUAUCAACUUGUAGUGUAUUUGAGGGUUAAAAAGGCUUCUGAAGUUUGUAACUUAAAGAUUUCAGACAUGAGUUUUAUUUACAAAAAAUGUAUCAACCACUACAACAAAGUCCAUUAUAAUUCACAUAAUUCACAUUUCCUGUUGCUGCAGGAAUAUUUUCCUGCUGUAAUAAACUGACUCAAAUUAAGAUCCUACCUUCAGUUGAAGUCGGAAGUUUGCAUACACCUUAGCCAAAUACAUUUAAACUCAGUUUUUCACAAUUCCUGACAUUUAAUCCUGGUAAAAAUUCAGUCUCAGGUCAGUUCGGAUCACAACUUUAUUUUAAGAAUGUGAAAUGUCAGAAUAAUAGUAGAGUAGUAGUAGAUUUCUUUCAUCACAUUCCCAGUGGGUCAGAAGUUCAUAUACACUCAAUUAGUAUUUGGUAACAUUGCCUUUAAAUUGUUUAACUUGGGUCAAACGUCUCAGGUAGCCUUCCACAAGCUUCCCAAAAUAAGGUGGGUGAAUUUUGGCCCAUUCCUCCUGACAGGGCUGGUGUAACUGAGUCAGGUUUGUAGGUGUCCUUGCUCACACACGCUUUUUCAGUUCUGCCCACAAGUUUUCUAUAGGAUUGAGGCCAGGGCUUUGUGAUGGCCACUCCAAUACCUUGACUUUGUUGUCCUUAAGCCAUUUUGCCACAACUUUUGAAGUAUGCUUGGAGUCAUUGUUCAUCUGGAAGACCCACUUGCAACCAAGCUUUAACUUCCUGACUGAUGUCUUGAGAUGUUGCUUCAAUAUAUCCACAUAAUUUUCCUCCCUCAUGAAGCCAUCUAUUUUGUGAAGUGCACCAGUCCCUCCUGCAGCAAAGCACCCCCACAACAUGAUGCUGCAGCCCCCGUGCUUCACAGUUGGGAUGGUGUUCUUAGGCUUGCAAGCCUCCCCCUUUUUCUUCCAAACAUAACGAUGGUCAUUGUGGCCAAACAGUUCUAUUUUUCAGACCAUCAGAUCAGAGGACAUUUCUUCAAAAAGUACGAUCUUUGUCCCCAUGUGCAGUUGCAAACCGUAGUCUGGCUUGUUUACGCCGGUUUUGGAGCAGUGGCUUCUUCCUUGCCGAGCAGCCUUUCAGGUCAUGUCGAUAUAGGACUCGUUUUACUGUGGACAUCGAUACAUUUGUACCUGUUUCCUCCAGCAUCUUCACAAGGUCCUUUGCUGUUGUUCUGGGAUUGAUUUGCACUUUUCGCACCAAAGUACAUUCAUCUCUAGGAGACAGAACAUGUCUCCUUCCUGAAGCGGUAUGUCAGCUGCAUGGUCCGAUGGUGUUUAUACUUGCGUACUAUUGUUUGUACAGAUGAACGUGGUACCUUCAGGCUUUUGGAAAUUGUGGAGGUCUACAAUUUUUUUCCUGAGGUCUUGGCUGAUUACUUUUGAUUUCCCCAUGAUGUCAAGCAAAGAGGCACUGAGUUUGAAGGUAGGCCUUGAAAUACAUCCACAGCUACACCUCCAAUUGACUCAAAUUAUGUCAAUUAGCCUAUCAGAAGCUUGUAAAGCCAUGACAUAAUUUUCUGGAAUUUUCCAAGCUGUUUAAAGGCACAGUCAACUUAGUGUAUAUAACUUUCUGACCCACUGGAAUUGUGAUACAGUGAAUUAUAAGUUAAAUAAUCUGUCUGAAAACAAUUGUUGGAAAAAUGACUUGUGUCAUGCACAAAGUAGAUGUCCUAACCGACUUGCCAAAACUAUAGUUUGAUAACAAGAAAUUUGUGGAGUGGUUGAAAAACGAGUUUUAAUGACUCCAACCUAAGUGUAUGUAAACUUCCGCUUCAACUGUAUGUAUGUGAAAAUGUACUUGGAGAAUAUAGGUUAUUGUGAUUCUACAAAGGUUGAGUCUCUAGGUUCCCUUGCUGCUCUGGAGAAAUAAUGAAAUGGUUCUCAAGGUGAUUUAAACUGGGCCUGGUUAUCUCCCAACUCUGAGGCCAUGUCAUUUGUUACAUUUCACCCAGUUGAUAAAGGCAGCUACAAGGCUGAACCCAGAAGACAACUAUGCAUUGCAGCAAUAGCGUUAACCCAGUAUCAGUAUAAACAGGGUUAACCCAGUAUCUGUAUAAGUAGGGUUAACCCAGUAUCAGUAUAAACAGGAUUAACCCAGUAUCAGUUUCAAUAGGGUUAACCCAGUAUCAUUAUAAAUAGGGUUAACCCAGUAUCAGUAUAAAUAGGGUUAACCCAGUAUCAGUUUCAAUAGUGUUAACCCAGUAUCAGUAUCAGGUUAACCCAGUAUCAGUAUAAAUAGGGUUAACCCAGUAUCAGUAUAAAUAGGCUUAACCCAGUAUCAGUAUAAAUAGUGUUUACCUAGUAUCAGUAUAAAUAGUGUUAGUAAAUAAAAAUAGUAUAUAAAUAGUAUCCUUGCGGGAAGGUGUCACGUGGUUAUGGCCAUAUAAGUGCAUCCUGUUCCUGUUGUCACGUGUUAGAGGGUGUGUUAUUUUAUAUCUAUAGUGCAUCUAUUCCUCUGAAGUUGUCAUGAUGAUUGAUGUGUAGGGACCUGGUUGAACUGGGGGGGGGAUGUGUUUGAACAUUUCAAAGAGGAUGGCCCCACACCCCACCUAUUUUAUUGCCCUUAGGGUUGUGGUCUAUGAAACAGGAAUGUCCGGGGGGGGGGGGGGUAUAAAGUAUAAA